AUGUCGGAAAACCCACUGGUUGUGCUGAUCUGUAUGGAUGGAAGUAAACACUCGGAUUACGCUCUAAAAUUCUAUCGGGAUUACAUCCACCAGCCAAAUAAUAGAGUGUAUGCCGUUCAUUGCGCACACUAUCAUAAUGAACACUGGCACAAGUUCUCUAUGACGCCUUCCGAUCCUGCUGUUAUACAAUUAAUGAUAGACCAAGAUAUCGCUAGAGUUAGUAAGGUUGUGGCGCACGUGAAAGACACUAUAAGUGACUUUAAACUGAGUGCUGAAAUCAUUAAAGUCACUGGACAUCCGGGCAAUGCACUUGUUGAAAAGUCUAAGGAAAUCGGUGCCUCGUUGAUCAUUGUUGGGUCACGUGGUGUUGGAACCAUUCGGAGGACACUUCUAGGAAGCAUAUCGGAUUAUAUAAUACAUCACGCGCACGUGCCAGUUCUGGUUUGUAAACAUCCCCAAGAUAUAUCAUAA